CAAAAGUGCAGACUACAGAGGGAAUAACAUUAGCUUUCUCUCUCUCUUCUCUCUCUCUCUCUCUCUAGAGAGAGCCUAGACUCUUAGAUUUCACUUGUGUAUAUUUCAUUUUACUAUGAAGGAGCUAUCAUCAUCAAAGGCAGAGGCACUAUCUAAUGAUGUAGAGCUCACCCCUGCGUCUGGUUUGCGUAGUAGUAUUCAAUUAGAUCCAUCAGGUCUGAGAAGCGAUACGGUGUUUGUCAUGGGUGUACCUAGGGGUAUAUCUGGCGGUGUGUUGCAGAUGAUGCUGAGUAGUAUUCACCCUGUUCUGGCUAUGGAGCGAGAUCCCAAGUAUAACAAGGUCUGGGCUAAGUAUACGGAUUGGAAGCACGCACUAGACACCAUUGUGAGCCUGCAUCAGCAAGAAUUUAAGGGUAAGUAUCUAUCAGUCAAGUUUGAGUUGGGAGUGGAUGCCAGCGGUAGGCCUGUGUUAUCACGGUCGUCGCACAACACAAUUGUGCGCAGGGUCGGUGAGAAACCACAAAAGAAUGCUCUCAAAGAGACUUACACGAGCAAGCACAUAGAUAUACAGGGACACACUUUUCCGUUUCCUACAGGUAUGUACCUGGCUCGUAUGAUAAGUCUAGUCAAGACACUUGAUACGAACGAUCCGAUGAUGGAUCUAUUCACUGAGGGGUGUACGAGCGGUAGCAAGUAUAGUAAAGAGAUCUCCGAGUCGAUGGCUAUGGUGGACUGUACGGAACGGGCCAUCAAAAUGGUUCUCAACACACAUCCCGACGAUGUGAGCGAUGUGGAUGUGUUUGUUCUGGGUGAUGGUAAGAGACCUCUGUGUGCGGGCUGCAUGCAUGAAGCACUCCCAGACACGUGGAUUUACCAUUCUAUCGAUCCAAUCAUGGAUGCGUCUAUAGUAUACAGGCCUAGGAUUAGUGUAUACAAGAAGUUCAGUGAAAGCUUUGAAAUCGAUAGCAAUAUACGAUCAACUGCAGAGGCCGUGGUAGUUAUCGCUUGUCACAGCCAUGCGCCACUACAAGAGUUCUGGGACCGGUUGCCAAGCACGGUGACCAAGAUUGCGGUGGCUAUGCCGUGUUGUGCGGACUAUUCCGAGCUUAAGGAGGACCCAGUGUUUGAGUUUGACGACUUCGAGGUCUAUUCGCCCAAGCGGCGUAUUUGCGUGUACGCACAGUUGCCAUCGUGACCAAAUGGCAACCCACAUGGGGAGCGAUAAGAAGCAGGGCACUGAUUCGCGUUCAACCGAGAGAUGUCUCUGCGCACUCGAUUGUGAUCGCUGAUUAAUUAGUCGACCAGGCAAACCAGUAUAUAAUCAUAUCGAAUGAUGGUUUCUAUAUAUAAAGUAUCACUGGUAUGUAGUGUGACGCUCUGGGUCAUGUAUGGUGAGCCUCGAAAAUCCAAGACGACGGGCGUGGAAGUAGAGUGAAUUUUGACAGAAAGUUGUGAAAGGACAUACGUUCCCAUCUGGCCACAUGUACGGCAUAUGCUCGAGUUGAAUGGCCAUAAACGAGCUGUCGAGCGUGGAAUUAUAUACUAUUUUGCGCACUGCACGGUGCUUCCCUUCUGCUCUACUUUACCGAAUAAUAUAAUUAGACAGCCAUAAUAACGGUAAACAUGCAACUCUGGCUGCACCUAGAUUUCAGCUCGAGGUACUAACAAUGGACGUAUAUAAGCAUGGCCUCCUAAGAAGACGUAAAAUAUAUGAUGGUAUAAACGAUUCUCAUUAAAACUCCGCAUAUGGAAUAUUUGGCAGUAGAGUUGGGCCAUGCAUUAUUCCCCAGCGAGGUAGAAUUGUCGUACGCCGUUUCAAUAUAUUCGUAUUGCAGCACAGUAUACCGACUGUGGCUUCAUAUGCGCUUGCCUACUAUUGGGAUCGUAUAUUUAGUUUUGGGUCUGCUGAAUGGGCGUCGAUCACGCGCUGAAAAAAAACUGAAAAGUUGAUGCGUCGGCUUUAGUAACGCCAGCGAUCACCGUGAUGUACUAUAAAAUGCCAUACAAGUUUCCAAAGUCUCAACUCCAAACUACAAUGUAUACGGCAUGGAGGCGUUCAGUCACGUGUGUAUGUUUAAAUUACUACCCGAAUUGCUACUGGUUUAAUG